CUCCCAUCGAAUCCAGACAUUUCAAAACCUCCAAAUUCACCCACUCCGCGGGGGUACUAGGUUAUGAGUGCCUUGUAGUCAGCUCGAGCAACCCCGGGCCAUCGACGAGUAGUCCCCGUAGCGCUAGCUUCUGGCCAUGACACCGAGACUUAUCACGAGAUGCAGCCACAGGCGGAGACCUGCUCUUUGGCUUUCCCUCGUGUUCAUUCUAGUUUCUCUCGUUAGCGUCGACGCAAUUGUGGAUGGCUCCUCGCGCCCCAGGCGUCGGUUGCGAGCAGCUGGUGGUGGCAACGACGGCGGCAGCAGCGGCACGAGUCAGCAAACGAAACUGUACAUUCUCCGCUUCCGCGCGCUCCCCCCAGUCGUCGCGUACACUGGCUCGCUGCUGGGCUUCCCCGCCACUGCCCCGCGCAAUGGCUACUCCGCCGCAACUACCGCUACCCCCGACGACCUUGCAGAUGAUUUAUCGCCGGCGUCGACUGGCGUGACGGCCACCGCUUUUGGUGCCAGCGGCGGUUCUGACCGCGUGAGUGAGGAUGCCGAGGCGCCGGCCAAGCGUCUGGAUUCGGGGGCGGAGCACGUGCGCGCGUACGCGCGGCACCUGGACCGCAUGCACGACUCCGUGCUGGCCGACGCCGGCGUCGACGCGCUCACGCGCAAGCUCUACAGCUUCAGAUACGUCACUAACGGCGUCGCCGUCCGGCUUACCCCGCGACAAGCCUCGCUACUGAAGCGCCACCCAGCCGUGGGCUCACUCGCCGAGUCGAAGAUUCUUCAAGCGCGGACGACGUUUACUCCGUCGUUUCUUGGGCUGAGGGACGGAGUAUGGGACCGCCGGCCUAUCCCUGCGUCCACACCGGGGGCGCUGCAAUGGCUCGGGGCAAGGGGUGCCUGGGGCGCAGGCGGAGAUGGGGGCCGCCGGGCGGGAGCAGUGCGCGGGGCGCAAGGAGCAGCGCAAACAGCGCGCACCGCGAGGGCAGAAGCGUUGCAAGGAGCGAACGGUGCUGAGGGGUGGGGUGGGAUCUGGGGAACAGUGGACGAGGUGAUGGGCGCGGGCGUGGAGCGACGGCGGAACGGCAGCACACCCGGCGGGGGUGCACCCGGCGCCACGGGAAGCGCCGCUCCCGACUCCAAUGGGAGGCCGAGCAGCGGCGAGAAUGCACGAGCAUUCGGGGUGCGGGGUGGCAGAAAGCGCGGUGGCAAGCGAGUAGACACGGGUCUGCGCGGGGAGAAUGUGAUCAUUGGCGUCAUCGACACGGGCGUGUGGCCGGAGAACCCCGCCUUCACCGGAAAGAUCCUGCCGCACUACGGGCGCAUCCCGCGGCGGUGGCGGGGGUCGUGCACGGUGACCAAGGACUGGCCCAGCGGCGCGUGCAACCGCAAGCUGAUCGGCGCCAAGGCGUUCUUCAGAAGCAUGCAGGACGACGUCGACUGGACCGUCGAGUACCCGUCGGCGCGCGACGUGCACGGCCACGGCACGCACACGGCCAGCACGGCCGCCGGCAACGACGGGCGUACGGCCGCGCUGCGAGGCGUGCAGUUCGGGUCGGAGAGCGGCAUGGCCCCCAGAGCUAGGAUCGCCGUGUACAAGACGCUAUGGACGUUGAAGGACGGCGGCGCGGUGAGCGCGGAGGCGGACAUCGUGGCGGCGAUCGAGGCGGCGGUGGCGGAUGGCGUGGACGUGCUGACCAUGUCGCUGGGCGGCCAGGCGUCGCUCUUCGACGUCGACCAGCUCGCCUUCCUGCACGCCGCGCAGGCUGGUGUGUUCGUGUCGGUACCGGCGGGCAACAGCGGCGCGGCCAUCGCUCGGCAGUACUUCACUUGCACGCUGGACCACCCCGCGCCGUGGUACUCCACCGUCGCCGCUAGCUCGCACGGGCGCAACUACAGCACGGCCGUGACCAUCGGCGGCACCACGUUCGUGGGGCGGUCGCUGGUGGGCGGGGCGGGCACGGCGCUGAGGGCGGGCAUCGUGCUGGGGUCCGACGCCAACAGACCGGGCGCGUCCAGGAACGCGGCCAACUUCUGCCAGCGCGGGUCUCUGGAUCCCGCCAAGGUGCGUGGCAAGAUCGUGGUGUGCACGCGCCCCAGCACCCAGGGCUCGCGCUCCUCACGCACCUUCAACAUCAGUCGCGCCGCCAAGGCUGCGGGCGCCGUGGGCGUGGUGAUCGCGAACCAGGACCCCGGCGACAGCGCCGCCGCCAUGCUGCACGACCUGCCAGCCUCACACGUCACCGCGGACGUGCGGGGCAAACUCAUCGCACUCGUGAAGGCCACUGCAAGCCCCUGGGCGUCGUUGUCGCCACUGUUCAUCGCGCACUCGCCAUCGCCCACCAUGGCUUGGUUCUCCUCCACAGGCCCCUCCACAGACCCUUACCAGACGUUCGACGCCGCGCCCACAGGCAGCAGCCUCAACGACGUGUUGAAGCCCGAUGUGACGGCGCCGGGCGUGGAGAUCUGGGCGGGGUGGACGCAGUCGCCCUUCCAGGUCACGGACAUGGGCGUCACCGAUGGUGCGAGUGUGCGGGCGUCGCAAGUGACAGCGCAGAUGGUGAGCGGCACGUCCAUGUCCACACCGCACGUGGCAGGCAUAGCUGCGCUGCUGAGGCAGCAGCACCCCCAGUGGAGCCCGUUCGCCAUCAAGUCAGCACUGCAGACCACGGCGUACACCGUCAACAGCGCUGGCAAGCCCAUCGCCAAUGAGGACGGCAGGGUUGCCAACGGCCAUGCCAUGGGGUCCGGACACGUCUUCCCCAUCCGCGCACUGGACCCAGGGCUGGUGUACGAGAGCAACAUGGUGCAGAUGGCGCAGUUCCUCAUGGCCGUUGACCCCUGGGAAGCCAAGCAGACCAGCGCCUUCAACGCCCUCCCCGCACACCUGCAAAAGGCCAUCCCGACAUACAACGUCAACCUCCCAAACAUUGCUGUCAGCAGGCUGCACAAGCAAGUUGUGGUCACGCGGGUCGUGAAGAACGUGGGUGCGGCGACUGCAACCUAUAGGGCAACCGUGGUGCGUCCUAAAGGAUUACGGGUUAUUGUGAGCCCUGCGGAGUUUACCAUCUCCCCUGGUAAAUACAUUAAGUAUACUGUCACGUUUUUGGUGCGGAGGCCGAGCCAAAACUUCAGGUUCGGCAGUCUGGUAUGGUCGGAUGGGGUGCAUAGUGUACGUUCAGUGCUGGCAGUUCAACCUCUUUCUCGCUGACUCUACCGUUUUCAACCCCAAAUACUAGAGUUAGACAUAUUUUCUCUAACAUGUUAGUGGUUGUGCCAUAUCAUAUGCAGUAGUGCAAAGCUUCUUGGGCAUGAAGUUAGCUAAAUACAUCCUGUACGCUCAGCGGAAAGCAUCUUUGUUUGCUUCAAUUUAAAUGUGAGGUCGAAUUAUUACAGGUUCUCUUUAUGAGCGGCUUUGUGGAUUACUUACCGUAAUCCCCCGUAUAAAACACCCGCCGGAAUUAAGCUCCCCCGGGUAGCUUGAGCGGGUAUGGGUGUUUAAUUUUUCUGGAUAUACACAACACCCUACUCUCGGACGUGAAAACAUUUGAACACCCCCCUGCCACUAG